UUCUGAAGGCUUCACCGGAGCGCUUCCUGUGUCGUGGUCGGUGCCGUGCUGCGUCUUGACGCAGCGGGUGGCAGCUGGUGCGUCAGGAGGAGACAGAGAUGCCAUAACAGCAGCAUCACCGACCGUCAGGCUCACCGGGAGGGAUUUUACUUAGUCCCCGUUCUGAUCCGCUUCCUGUCCCGGUACCGACUCCGCUCCGCUCCGGGACUCCUCUCAUGCUUUGUCCGCCUCGCAGCGCGUCAGUCCGGGUUUUAAUCGGCGGAGAGAAGCGGCGGAGCGGCGGCAGCAUCUGGAGCGGAGGAUGCUCUGGGGUUUCCCAGCAGGCCUGUGAAGAUGAGCGUGACAUCGUGGUUCCUGGUGAGCAGCUCGGGCACUCGACACCGUCUCCCCAAAGAGAUGAUCUUUGUGGGCCGAGAGGACUGUGAGCUCAUGCUGCAGUCUCGCAGUGUCGACAAACAACACGCCGUCAUCAACUACAACCCGACAACUGACGAACACCUGGUGAAAGACCUGGGCAGCCUGAACGGGACGUUUGUGAACGACCUGAGGAUUCCUGAUCAGACCUACAUCACCCUCAAACUGUCCGACAUCAUUCGCUUCGGAUACGAUUCGCACAUCUACGUUCUGGAGAAAAGUCAACACAAAGUCCCAGAGGAGGCUCUGAAGCAUGAGAAGUACAGCAGUCAGCUGCAGAUGAGCCUGAAGGCUUCCGAGGGGAAGAAGACGGAGCCGGAAGAUCGAACGAGGGCCGAUAAAACACCGAGUACCAAGAGUCUGACGCAGGUUACAGAGGCUCCGGUGUGUCGGCCCACUCCUCUGUACGGUCAGCCGUCCUGGUGGGGCGAGGAGGAUUACGGGAGUAAAGUUCAGACCAGCGAUGAACCUCAUGCAGAAGUCCAGAAAGACGCUUCGUCUCUGGAUCCGGACUUUUCUGGAUCUCUGUCAGACUCUCAACAAAAGACCAUCUUCCCUUCGUACCACCGUGAACCGAGCUACUUCGAGAUCCCCACCAAGGACUUCCAUCACCCCAAAACCUCGGGGGCGGAGCUUCACGAGAUCCCCACCAAGGACACGGACAUGCCUCCAGCCCCGCCCUCCCCUCCCACCCCGACCCCGCCCGUUGUUCAGAGUCACGCCUCCUUCACCAUCGAGUUUGACGACUGCAUGCCCGGUAAGAUCAAGAUCAAAGACCACGUCACCAAGUUCUCCACCCGCCAGAGGAAGCAGCAGGCUUCCAAAACCCCCAUCACAACAGCCACGCCCGCUGAGGUGAUGUCAGCAGAGAGCAAGGUGGCUGAUUGGCUGGUCCACAGUGAUGUCACCAUGAUGAGAAGACGUCCAAUGUGUGAAGAUGUUUACAGCACAAAGAGUGACCUCGCCAUGAACAUCAAGACCCUCAAAGGUCACCAUCAUGAGGAUGGAACCCAGAGUGACUCAGAAGACCCGGUUCUCAAAGGAAGGAGGAGUAAAUCCCACCACUCUGUCCAGUCUCACGACUCCAUCCAGUCACAGCAGUCUGAGGUGUUGCAGCAGACGGUUCAAUCAGGUCAGUCUAUCCACCGCCAGCCGCCUGCUCCAACACAGAAGCUCCACCAGCCACUGCAGUACUCUCCACCUGCAUUGGCCCCAGCCUCACCUGUGGCCCCCGAGCGGCCCCUGUCCCAGAGUCCUCCUCAGGCUCAGUCCCCCACCACAGAAACACCCAAGCAGGGCCCCCCAGAGCACCUCACCCAGCAGGCCUUCAUCAUUGAGUUCUUCGACGACCACCCACGCAAAAAGCGCUCACAGUCUUUCACGCACAAUCCCGCUCAAGCUGACUCGUACUCUGCCCUGAAGGCCAAGCUGGAGCGGCGGAAAGGCGGCGAGAGGCCAGCAUCUGUACACGGCCACAUCCCUCCCACCCAGCAGGUGACUGUUCCUCUGAAGGGUCAGGGCCACAGUGGCCCCCAGAGGUCAAGCUCUCUGAAGAGGGAGAAGACGGAGGGGGAGGUUGCCUCCUCUGGUUCCUCCUCUCGCUCCUCCUCAAGUAUCAUCAUCAGACCCUUCGGGAGUGUCGGGAAGAAGUCCAAGCUCGCCCAGGAGUUUGCUGCUGAAUUCCUGAAGGAUUCUGGUCAGCAGGAUUCCUCCCCAACAAGGGACAAGAUGUCCCCUCCCCCGAUGUCUGCACCGCCGGUGAUGGUGUCACCUCCUCAUGCAAGAAUUCCCUCCCCCCAAGAACCUCCAGCACCUUCCUCAGUGUCCUACCCCACCUCCCCCUUACAGCCUCCAGCAGUCUCAAAAUCCUCAAUCCCCACCAACACUGCUGGCCUGACUGCCUCUCCGGUCCACUCCUCUGGGCCUCCCAUGUCCCCCAUGCUGCCCCUGAGCAUCCGUGCAGGAGACCCGAAAUGUUCCCAUAGGAUGAUGAGGAACGAGGAGGACGACAGCCUGAGUGAUGCCGGGACCUACACCAUCGAGACGGAGUCGCAGGACAAAGAGGUGGAGGAGGCUCGCAACAUGAUCGAUCAGGUGUUUGGUGUCCUCGACUCUCCAGAGUACAGUGGUGUGAACACAGGAGUGUAUAGACCUGUAAUAAAUGAUGGCAAGGAUGAGCAAGCUAACCUGCCUAGCGAUGGUAGCACUGUGGACCCGUUGCAUGGCUUUAUCCCAGCUGCUAUCAGCAGCCCCCCAACAGGCCCCAUACAGGUUCCACCUGCUCAUGCAGCAGGUCUGGAAGGACCCAAAUGGGUUUCCCGUUGGGCCAGUCUGGCAGACAGCUAUGCUGAACCUGGUUCCACUCCACCUCAAGGAGAAUGUCUGGAAGAUUUGCGCCUCAUGGGCCGGUCGAUGGGAAAUUACAGUUACGAGAACUCUGAGUCGGAGUCCAGCCACAGCUCCAGGACAAGAAGGCUGCUGCCCCAGGUGCCUCCAGAAAAGCUGGAUAGUGUUCCCCCAAGUAUCCUGAUUCGCCAUGAACCUUACCAAGGCCAGGAACUUCUAGACAGAGACUCCGGUCCUCCCCGCCAACAGGACUCCACACAGUGCCUUUCUGUUCAGGAUGAUGUGGACCCAGACAGUCUGAGUGACGCCAGUCGCUCAGAUGACGGACCUGUUCUGGACAAAACAAAGAAGAAUCAGGCCAGGACUGGAUCUCUGUCUCCAGGGGGCGCUGGUCCUAAGUUCAAGGGUUCAGAGAAAGUAUCUCCCUCCACCAAAUCCACCUCCUUCUAUAUUGGUUCCGAAGACAGUCCAAGCAAACCUGACCAGGCCCAGAGCCCGGUACAAUCUGAGAGGACACGCGACCCCCCAGCAAAAACUCCGCCUACCACCGUCCUGAUCCGACACCUGAGCGGACAUGAACCCAAGAGGACAGGUGUCAAACCCAACAGCUCUGCUCCAAACCUCCAAACACAGGACAAGGAUUCAGUCCCCACUAAAGACAUCUGCAUAUCAUCCAUUGUCCGGCAGGAGAGCUUCACCAAGGAACGGCCCAGCAACACCGUCCAGAUGAAGAAGCUUCCCCAUAUCUCCAGCCAUCCGUCCAUCAGAGAUAUGGAGCAGAGGAGGGAGAACAUCCAGGACACACAGUCCUUCCUUCAGGAGACUGAGGGAACUCUGUCCUCUCUGGACACCAAGUUCCCCUCAUCUGGCUCCGGUCAUAGUUCAAAGAAAGGAGGCUCCUCCACCCACAUGGACGACUCCCUUUCUGGUGAGUCGGACGUGGACACAGCGAGCACCGUGAGCCAGGUGAGUAGCAAAAAUGCUCCAGUCAGCUCUGCUUCAAAAAAGCGUCCCGCCAUCAGCAGCCUCCAAAAGGAGAAGUCCUCUUCCAGCCCAUCCAUCCAAGACAAGGGACGGCAACUCACUGCCCGUGAACGGCUUUCUGAGAAACGACGAAACCAGGUGACAACAGAUGCAUCAAGCAAGGCAGAGGCAGCAAAGCGCUUCCAGAUGCGACGUAGUGCAGGCAACCGCGGAUCUCUGGAUCUAUCAGAGGGACAGCAGGGUUCUGGUCCACACUGGACCGAAACAACAUCAUCUGACCAUGAAAUUUCCCGUCCAUCCAGCCGUAGCAAGAAACUCAUCACCCCUCUUCAGAAAGAAGACAAUGGAAAGACGCCCAAAACAGCAAGUCAGCAGGUUCUGACACGUUCCAACAGCCUGUCAGCACCACGGCCAACCCGGGCAUCCAUGCUUCGUCGAGCACGCCUGGGUGAGGCCUCAGAUAAUGAAGGUGCUGAGACUGACCGAGGCUCCCAGAAUUCUGACCAUAUCACUGCACCGGCCAAAGUGUCUGCAGAGGGUAAGAAGCUGUCCAGGCUGGACAUCUUAGCGAUGCCCAGGAAGAGGACCGGCUCCUUCACAGCUCCCAGCGACAACGAGACGCCCUCCACAGGCCGGUCCGGUUUCUCUAAUCGGAACUCUGAGUCUGUUGUCACUACCAGGAAGACAUCUGUGGGCGACGCCCGCCAGGCAGCUAGCAAAGGGGGUGGAGCGCUGGGUAAGCAACCACUGACUCGUACCCGGUCCAGCGGAGCCAAGUACCCCAGCACUGGUUCCCGUCGCAGACAGAAGGGCUCAGACUUCUCCUCAUCUUCUGAGGAAGAAUACGAGAUUAAUGCCGUGACUCCCAAACCCAAACGCUCCUCCCAUCCCACCACAUCCGCCCAGACACCACGCCACCGGACAGCUGCCACCCGAUCCAAGUCUGUCUCCCUGGAGACGGAGGAGGACGAGGACCAGAACGAGGUCGACCCCUACCAGAACUGGUCCACGCACAGCGCUGAGAUCGCCAAGCUCAGUCAGGACCUGGCCAAAGAUCUGGCCAUCCUGGCGAAGGAAAUCCACGACGUUGCCGGGGACGGAGACUCGCCAAGCUCCGGCAUGGGCACCACCACCUCACCCAGUUCGCUGCCCAACACACCGGCCUCCACCAUCUCUGCCAGGGAGGAGAAGCCAUCUUAUCCAUACUUACGUGGCGUUCGACCAUCUCAGCUGGUCCAACAUAUCCCUGAGGCCAGUUUAAACUACCAGAAGGUUCCUCCAGGUUCUGCUGCCGUCUCGGACCUGGAUGCAAACAUGAAUGAGCCAGAGCCCGGUUCUAAGCAACGCCGUCCGUGGAACCGCGAAGAGGUGAUUCUGGACAACCUGAUGCUGAAUCCAGUAUCUCAGCUGUCUCAGGCCAUCCGGGAGAACACAGAGCAGCUGGCCGAAAAAAUGAAGGUUCUGUUUCACAACAAGGCUGGGGUCUGGGAGGAGAUCGAGGCGAAGAUCAACGCCGAGAAUGAAGUCCCCAUCCUGAAAACCUCCAACAAGGAAAUUACCUCCAUUUUGAAAGAGCUGAGAAGAGUCCAGAGGCAGCUUGAAGUUAUAAACACCAUCGUGGAGCCCGGUGGGAGUCUGCAGACUGCAGCCGUCGGGACGCCGUCUCUCAGUCAGACUCGACCAUCCUCAAGAGAGAAGAAACCCGCCUCCAAACCCAGAGGCGCCCCCCCGACCUCCAACGCCAAUGAAAGCACCAAAAGACCACCUCGUGGACCUGACGGGGCCCACUACAUGGCCUGAACAGGCCACCGUAGCACCUCUGGAUAGUAACUGUGUUUCCACACCGCUUGCAGCCACAUCGCCCUGCCUCUGUCCAACGAUCAGUCUGACCCUGAUGAUUACCGGUUGUAGCGCCCAGAGAGCCUCCUCUUCUUUUGCAUUCUAGAUGAGCUCACAGAGAUCAACUUUUACUGUGUAGUUGGCAGUUUGAAUAGGGCAAGAAAACCAUUAUGUGAUGUUUUCCAGAGAAAAGGUGGCAGUCGUAGGUUUAUCAGCAGGUCUUGUAAAGACGAACUUCUGGUCUACCUCUAACUCGUCAGCGGUCAUCCAUCAUGGCUGUGGGGUUGUUGCUGUGGUAUUUGCGAUGCUUCUGCAAAAGCUCUAUAAGCCGUGUCCUCUUUUAGGGGGCCGCCUCUUUCAAAGUCUUCAUUUUGAGUGUGAAUUUGUCUCAACGAUUCAACAAAGUCUGUUUCGAAUCCAAAGAGUCCUCAGUGUCCCACAAUUCAUUGCACGCCAGUCACAUUUAUGCCGUGUCCCAAUUCCACACUACAUACCAAUAGUAUAUAUGUACAUUAAUGUCAUAGCACAUGGUUUUAGCAAUUAGUAGACAAGAAAUCAAUGUGCUUUACCAUUUUGUACUAACAGAAAAUCAUGUACUACCAGCACCAAUGGAUGUUAAACAAACUAGGACUCUUCAUAAAAUCUAAGUGACAGUGUAAUGCUACUGCAUAUUAGGGCUGGUAAUCGUUCAGAAUGUUUCAAAAAGUUUCAGUGCCAAAAACAAACUGAUGCCUUUUUAUAUUACUUUGAGAAAUAUAAACCUGUUUUUCCACAAAAAAACUUUUUUGUUGAACAAAAGAAGCCAAAGUUGUCGAAUGUAAAAUGUUGUUUAAACACAACCAGCUGCACGAGAACUUUGUCUAAAUUAAAAUCAGGAACAAUCUGAUCAAAGAAACAAGUUUUUGAUAUCCACUGCUGCAGAUACAGUAGGGAUGGUACCAAAAACAAAAUACUGCUGAUUAAAUUUCACAAAAAGAAAGCGAAAUGUUUUGUUUUAGUUUUACAAGAUCUUUCUGGAGCUGUCUCCCCAUCAUUCAUGGUUUGUUUAAAUGCUUCGCAGCCGUGAGUGCCUGGUCAGACCAGAAAGUACAACAAUAACAUUUAUUUGUGGGUCUUUGCAAAAAAGUUGGACCUAGAAGCUUGGUGACAUAGUGACUGUUUGUGUUGUCAGUUGGCAGCCUAACCAUUAACUUGCCAACUAGCUAGGAACAUGCUAGCGUUAGCCAACAAACUGGACAAAAAGGUCUAUCCAAGUGGCUUAUGAGCCACUUAUCCGAGUCUGUCCUGCUUGGCUGCAGACUAAGCAAAAAAGCCCAUAUGCUCUUCCUCCUUGCCAUGUGUUCCUGCUCGUCCUGAGGGGUCCCAAGGUGUUCCCAGGGCUCUGGAAACCCUCAGGUGAGGGGCCAGACUAGGGGCAGUUCAAAGAACGGAUUGAAGUAACCUUGCCCAGACUAGAGUUACCCGGGCCCCUUCCAGGAACCAGUCCUGGGAGGGGAGCUCGCUGGCAAGUGUCUGGUGGCCAGGUCAACCCAAAGAAGCAACAUGGAACCACCAACACCCGCAAGGGCCGGAAUAGAGAUCAGGUGUGCUGCAAAUCAUGGUGCAGACCUUGGCGUGCUGGACCUUUGCUGCAGAAACUAGUUCUGGGGACAAAAGUUAACUCAGUUACCUUUUAAGUUAAGAGACGUAUUUGUACCAUCAACCAAGGAGUCUAUACUGCAGCAGAGCAGGGUUACAUAAAACUGGAUGGUGCCACAUAGCUGAUAUGAUAACUUGUUCCUUCUUGGACUCUUUGUUUUGGGACAAUAAUGUACAUCAGCAGCACAGUGUGUAGUUAGGAAUUGGGACACCGCUGUGGUUUUGAUCUCUGAGAUUGGCAGUAACUUUGUGGUGAAUCUUCAGUAAAAUGUCUCAUUUGGGAAGCAGGAAAAAAAGUACUUUUGUACUUUUAUACAACACAUCCUUCUAAAGAGUUGGCCCCUAAAAGGGACACAGAGAUUAGCUGCAGCUAUUGGCCGGACUCAUACCGGUCAUAACAUUCAGUUAGUUGUUGUUUACUGUUUGAUUUCCCUCGAAGAAAUGCAGCAGCAGCAGCUGAGGUGUUUCUGUCCGAGGAAAGCUGCUGGUGGUGUGGAUGCACUGAAACUGUCCGAAAAAAAAUCUCUCAUUUUUAUCCAGUGAUUCAGUCAGUAAGAACAAAUGCAUUUUGAGUGAAACAAUAUAACUAUGUAGAACUGCUUCUACAUCGCACAAGCUAAACAAAAUUUAGUCAAAGCUACAAAAGAAGCAUCUGCUCGCACCACAGUAGUACGUGGAUGAUGUGCAAACGUAUAUUGAUAAACUUUGUGCUUUGAUAAUCUGUUGUUGCGUUGCAUUUGAACAGAUGAUAGAUUGUGUUUUUUGCGAAGGUCGUCCCAGUUUUUCUGUCUGUAUUUAUGAAGAGAAAGUCGUAGCUAUCUGCCCAUCAGAAGGUCCUGCGCUGCUUCGACGCUUCGGCCUGACAGACAGGAAACAGCCGUCUGAACUUGUCUGUAAAAGUAAAAAAAGAUGUAAUUUUAUAUUUUAUUGAAUGUUCUUUUUCCAUCUCGCUGUGAUUGUGCGAUAACUGUGAAACUGCUUCAGGUUCCUGUAGCUGAAUGUUGUGAGUGCUGAAUGUCAGAGAGUUUCCUGUGAAAUGUCUGAAACGUCCUGCUGGUCCUUAAACACGUCGCUUCUCUGAAUCACAAUGAAUGAAACCCCAGAAACACGACAGUCUGCUCUCUGAUCGAUUAAACAAUGAAAUUAGUCAGUUUAGUUUGACAUGUUGUGUUGCACUUUAGUGAAAACCUGCUUCUGGUUAAUUCUGCCCCAAACCUGAUUAGUCAGGACUGACUAACUCAAAAACACGAAGUGCACAGCUUUGUGUUUUAUUUGCAGAAGCUUUAGAGGCAGAAAUGUUGCCAAUGAGUUGAUGCCAUCAGAAAACUUGCUGGGCAAACAGAUGUUUGCAUUCACUAAAGAAAAGGAAACUGUAGACGUUCUCUCGUAAUUAUUAUUUAGCAUCUUAUAUUUACCAGAGAAAGACCUCGUAGUUACGAGAUGGUUUUCUCAUGAGCUGAGGAUCCUGUAACUAUGAGAUGCCAGGUCAUGAUUAUUAUGAGAACACACGUAACGCCUGUGAAGCAGCACGAUGAAACAAAGCUGCAGCGUCUACAGGUCAGUCUGUUGGAAACAACAACCGUUCUUUGUCCAGAGACACAACGAUGAAGUACGUGUCAUCAUCAAGUGACUUACUGAGGCGGUUUGAACACAGGAUCAUUCAUCGUGGACUGAUGUAACUCUCUUUGCUCUGGCAUCACUUACAAUUGGUCCAAAAGGCAGCAGUAUAACUAUUAAAUGAGCCUUACUGAACUUCCUCUGGACUUUAGAACUUACUAAGAUUUCACAUGUCGACCGUCUCCGUCCCCUGACUUAUAUCAAAGGGUGAAGAUGAAUUUCCUGUUAGAGCCACUAAAAGGUUGGAACAUGCUUUAUAUAAUGUUACCUAAAUUUGAGAAAACACUAGUGGUCAACUUACUGUGUUUUUCCAGAGCUUUCAGCCACAUCUCACAGUCUUCACAGGCCAUUCACAUCCGAGGCCAGAGAGUCUCCCCUGAUAUACUAGCACCUGUUAUCACAUGAGGUCCAUACUCGCUGUAGGUCAUAAUGUGACACCUGAACCAGCUCCAUGACAAUGAAGCGAUGUGGCUGCAAGCGCUGGAAAAAGCCCAGAAACGGACCUUGAGUUAAGAUUAUUUAGUUUCCAAUGUCGAAAAAGCUCGUUAGCUAGAUUAUUUUUGACCUUCACAUUUCUUGUAAAAGCUUCCUCUAUAAACAUGCUUAUUUUAAAUUCACUUUCCAUCUCAGUUUUAGAAAAGUGCUAUAUGAAUAAAGUAUUUACAUUUUUCCCUUGAGGGGACGCCACCUGCUCAGCAAAGGGUGGAAGAAUAAGGUAAAUACCUGUGUAGUGUGUGUGUUUGUGUGUCGAGCUGGACUUUGUGUUUUACGUCCUUCGUGUGUUCAAGCAGCUGUGGCCUCGGUGUGGAGAGAGCUGCACAGCUGUAAGUAGGCUUCAGAUGGAUAUCAGCUUCAUCUCUGUGUCCAGGAUGUGUUAGCCUAGCUUAGCACAAAGACUGGAAGCAGGGGGAAACUGUUAGCCUAGCUCCAUCAAAAGAGAAAAAAUCCACCUUUUGUCUGUCUGAAACGUGACUGUGGACAGACAGUACAACAGUGCUGUAUGUGAAGUGUUUGGCUGGAGAAACAGGAUAUUUUAGGCUUUUAUUUUGUAAAGUGCAUGUUUCCUGUAGCUUGAGGCAGGUGAGAGUUUGACGCUAGUUCACCAAAUGUGCACUUUUUCAUUUGAACACCUUGUGAAAACAGGUGAAGCUGAGAUUCUUUUGGGCUUUAUUUUGACGCUCAUGGUGUUUUCGUGCUCUGCAGCCAUUGAGAAUGUAUCGAUACAUCACCUGCCCACAACACAAACCUGAUUGGCCGUUGCUGUGAUGAUGUAACUGCUGCUGCUACAGGUGAUUUUUCUGUUGUUACAGUGCAUGCAACGGUGAAGCAGACAAGCUGAAGAGACAGGCUGAAUAGACGAAGCAAACCAAACUUCAUAUUUACUCUGUUUCCUGUUUAAAAACCUGUUUUAUGCAUUUGAUCAUAUGAAGUCUGCAGUCGUGUUUCUAAUGGAGUAUAAUUUAUUCAAGUUCAAAUGAUUUACAGUGAUCUGGACUCUUGUGUUCAUCAUCAACAACGUUUCUUUGUAUCACCAUGUCAUUUGUAAUAAACUGAUUUCAUGCA